GCCCAGGUGAAGGGCUUUGCGUUUCACCCCAGUGCGGGGUGGUCUGCAUUUAUCCAUGGCUCUCUGGGCAGGAUGGUCCCUUACCUGAGUCUGCCUCCCAUGGAGGUGUCACCUAACCCUGACACCUGUGUUCGACAGAGGUUUUCAUUAAAGACUGUGUGGGAUGCGUCAUUCCUGUACACGAACUUUGGUCCUUAGAGGGGGAGGAGCUGAAUCCCGCAUGCAGAAGUGGUGUCCGUGGCGGCGGGGCCCCGACGAGCCACCCCAACUUGGCAGCCUGCACAGCAGAGUGGGCCAGCCGGAUGAAGAUGAGACGCCAUAAGCUCUUUCUGACUCUCUGCAUGGCUGGUCUCUGCCUCAUCUCCUUCUUGCACUUCCUCAAGGCCCUUUCCUAUGUCACCUUCCCCCGGGAGCUAGCUUCGCUUAGUCCCAACCUCGUCUCCAGCUUCUUUUGGAACAAUGCACCUGUCACACCUCAGGUUAGCCCUGAGCCAGGGGGUGCAGAGUUACUCCGCACACCCCUGUACUCCCACUCCCCCUUGCUCCAGCCCUUGCCUCCCAGCAGAGCCAGCGAAGAGCUGCACAGAGUUGAGUUUGUGCUGCCAGAAGACACAACAGAAUAUUUUGUCCGUACCAAAGCCGGUGGCGUUUGCUUUAAACCAGGCACCAAGGUGUUGGAGAAGCCAUCUGUGGGAGGGCGGCCAGAGGAGCAAGCAGAUGGUGCUGCCUUAGGGCGGCCCGCUCGCAAGCCGCUAAGUGCCAGCGGGACCAAGCGACGCAAGUGGGUAGAGUGUGUGUGUUUGCCGGGCUGGCAUGGCCCGAGCUGCGGGGUCCCCACUGUAGUCCAGUACUCCAACCUGCCCACCAAGGACCGCCUUGUGCCACGUGAGAUCCCCCGGCGGGUCAUCAAUGCUAUCAACGUCAACCAUGAGUUUGACCUGCUGGACGUCCGCUUCCAUGAGCUGGGAGAUGUGGUGGAUGCCUUUGUGGUGUGCGAGUCAAACUUCACGGCCUAUGGUGAGCCGCGGCCCCUCAAGUUCCGCGAGAUGCUCCUCAAUGGCUCCUUUGACUACAUCCGCCACAAGGUGCUCUACGUCUUCUUGGACCAUUUUCCCCCCGGCGGCCGCCAGGAUGGCUGGAUUGCUGAUGAUUACCUGCGCACCUUUCUCACCCGUGAUGGCAUCUCUCGCCUCCGCAACCUGCGCCCGGAUGAUGUCUUCAUCAUCGAUGAUGCAGAUGAGAUCCCGGCCCGUGAUGGCGUGCUCUUCCUCAAGCUCUACGAUGGCUGGACAGAGCCUUUCGCCUUUCACAUGCGGAAGUCACUCUACGGCUUCUUCUGGAAGCAACCAGGCACCUUGGAAGUGGUCUCAGGCUGCACUAUGGGGAUGCUCCAGGCUGUCUAUGCCACCGAUGGAAUCCGUCUACGGCGCCGUGAAUAUUACACCAUGCCUGGCUUCCGGCAGUAUGAGAACAGCACAGGACACAUCCUGGUGCAGUGGUCGCUGGGAAGCCCCCUCCACUUUGCUGGCUGGCACUGCUCCUGGUGUUUCACACCAGAGGGGAUCUACUUCAAACUGGUAUCAGCCCAGAAUGGGGACUUCCCCCGCUGGGGUGACUACGAGGAUAAGCGAGACCUCAAUUAUAUUCGGGAGCUGAUCCGGACUGGUGGCUGGUUUGAUGGUACUACGCAGGAGUAUCCCCCUGCUGACCCCAAGGAGCAGAUGUACGCUCCCAAGUACCUGCUCAAGAACUACCAGCGGUUCCACUACUUGUUGGAGAACCCAUACCGAAGAGCAGAAGGGGCUGGCUGAGGCCACUGGGGCUUGCAUAGGAAAUUGGAACUUCACCACAAAGGGAAAGAGUAGAGUGUUUUGUCAGUUCCUUUCUUUUUUGUUUUCUUUGAUUCCAGGUGGGGUGUACCAUUUCUCAGCAGUCUCUACUCUCCCUUUCUUCUCUUCUUCCCUUCCUCCCAGGGUGAUGCUUGGGGACAAGAAUUCCUGAGUCGCCUAAAGGGAGGCCUGGGCAAGAGAAGGAGAGAAGUUGGGGACGUACUCUGGGAGUAGCGUGAAGACUUUACUGCAUCUCCUAAACCUCUUCUGCUGGCUGGAGAGAAUCUUUGCAGCCAGCUGGUGGAUUUUCCUCUGUGGGAGGCUGGGAGGAUCCCCUGGGGAGAGAGGGCAGCUGUUCCCGUCCACCCUCAUUCUUUGUGGAUCGGAGCAAGCACAGAUGUGAGCCUGGACUAUUCAGUGAGCGUGUGAGUCAGCAGGCACAAACCAAUGUGAGUGGCCAUGUGUGCAGAUGUAUGUCACAGGCAUUUUUUGGAUGUGUGAAUGUGCAAAAGCAUCUCAGUAUGCAUUUAUUUUUUAUAUACCUCUAUAUUCAGAGAGUAUUUUGGGGAAAGUAACUCCUUUGCUUUCAAGGUGUUCUCCUCAAUACACAGCCUCCUCCCACAGACCUAACAUAUCUAUCCUGGGCCAGGUCUUGGCCUGAUGCUCUACCAGUCCUGGAGCAGGCAGAUAGGGGAAGCGGAGGAGAAAGCUGAUUCUUUUCACUUCUUUUUCACCCAUGCCCCCACAACACUGCACUGGCUUGGCCCACAGAACCUGAAGCAUCUUUCCUGCAAUACAUGCUUUUUGCAGGGCAGGGAUAAGCCGCAGAGGACUUAAUCAGAUGGUGGGAGUGUAUGUUUACAAGUGCAUGGUUUCCUUUGUGCAUGAGUGCUAACAUGCAUGGUUUUGGUAUGCACGUGGGCAUUUGUUACCAGUACUGGGUGGGGGGAAGGGGACAUAGUUGGGCUUGGGCAUGUGUGUUUCUGUAGAGGUCAGAACAUGGUGGGAUCUGGAAGCUAUGAUCUCCUUCUAGGCAUAGAUUACAUUUCAGGAAAUGCAUAGGAGAAAGCAUUGGCUCCACAUACUAGUGCUACACAAGUGGGAUGGUUGCAUGCUGGCUCUGGCUGUGUGCAGCUCUGCAGGCUAUGCCUGUUGCAGGGUUGCUGCUUACAGCAGGGGUAAGAUACAUAUGCUGGCUAUUCCUUCUUGCCAUUGGGUAAAUGGGAGGGGAGAGGAGAAAGGCAAAGCCCUGCGUCAGCCAAUGGGUGUUGUGGGGAGACACAAAACAUGUCAAGGCAUACGACCCAUCUGUCUGCUCUUGGGGUGUGAUGGAGCUCGUGGAGAAAGAGACCAUGAGCAGGCUUCCCCUGGAGCCAAGAGGCUGUUUUAGGAUGACCAGGCAAUCCAGAGAGGAUGUGCAGCCCACACUUGCAGCCUGGGCCAUGCAGACGAGAUCAUGCAGAGGAGAGAGGAAUGGGGAUGAAACUAGUUGCAGCUGGUUGGCAAGUGUCUGCUCCGAGUUUGCCAGUGAUGGGUAGUCAGGAUCUGGCUUGUCCAUGUCUCAGAUUGAAUCAGCUCAUUGAGGAAGCAGAUCCCUGCUUCCUCCCUUACCUCCCUUCCCCAGCAGAUGGCUUGACAGGGUGCCCGGAGCCCAGACUGUAGCGGGCAGAGGAUGAAAAACAUGGUGAGCUUGCUCUGUUAGCUUUACAGUGGAAAGACUGGGUCAUGUUCCAAGCAGAGAUGUGAGGAUCAUGUGUAGGAGGAGGAGGAGGAGGAAAAUACUGGCAAUAAGGAAGAGCGACCCUGACAUCAGGCCAGCUGUGCUGAAGCAGGAGGGUUUCCAUUGCUGUUAACUCACUCCAUCAUGGCUCCAUAUUCUUGUGUUGUCCAGCCCAUUCUGUCCCUUGUGCCUCAUUCCUGUUUCUGUAUCUCUCACGCUCUCCCUCCUAUUCUCCUCUCCAGGGAAGUGAAAAACAACAAAAAAAAAAUUUGGUUCCCUAAUAAGACUGAGACAGGAACUAGAGGUACAGAAUCAAGAUGAACAUCUUCAUUUCUGCUCAAACUGAGAUUGAGUUCGUUUUAGCACCUUCCACAUCUCACAUGCAAUAACAGCUGAUUAAAUGAACUGAAGGACCCUUUUUCUUUUUUUUAAUUGCUGUUGUCAUUUCUGCUGCAUGCCCUCUACAGGCAGAAGAGCCUCCUUGGGAAGUGAGCAGAGGGUCCAGUAGCCAGAAUGCUCUUUCCCCAAAGGAAAGCUGUGGCUCUUCUGGGUUCAGACUUGCCGACACACUAGGAAGGUGUCUGGUCACAGUCAUGGGGGCUUUGUGCCAGCUUGCUACAUUGAGUUCUUGAUUAUGGAGAGAUUAUGGAGAAAUCAGGACCCAGCUGAGAAAGGAAAUGCCUGUAUUAAAAGAGACAAGAGCAGGGCAUUGAGGCUGUUGCUUGAGGGAAACGUGCUUUCCCCAGGGUAGGCCGGAGGAGAGCCUGAUGUGUUAGCACGAGGGAUUCAGUAGAAGGUACUUGAGAAGUAUAGUUUGAAGAAGCCAUUCCUCAUUUUUACUGUUGGAAGGAAGCCUGAGACCUACCCUCAGACCUUUGGCUUUGCCUUAUGACAGUCACAACACAGCAAGCCCAGUGCCAGGCCUUGCUGAAGACAGGAGAGAAAGAGAAAUCAGUGUGCUUUAGGAGCACCACAGCCCCAUGAAGCAGGGGCUGAGGCGCAUGCGUGCUGGGCCACACCUCCUAAUCUCCUGAAGCAGGAAGCUACACGGCUGGGAGCAGCCUCUCCCUUGAUACCAGCCCUUCCCAUGCAGGAGCUUCCUUGGGGAUUUUUAGUGUGCUGCAAGUCAUGUUUUCAUCGCUGGACUAUGGCCCUUGCCUCUUAGGAGUUUCACUUGAGCCCACAGCUGUUAUAUCUGGAUCUCCUCUUCCUCAAGAACAGCCUGUUCCCUUCCCUCCUCUCUCCUCCCUUACUUGCUCCACAGUUUUCUUCUUCCCCCUCUGAGUUUCUUCUCCCUUCUCCUCCCCUGCCAAGCAAGAGGAAAAGGUCCCACUAGAACUGGGUAAGAACAGUGUUGGGACUCUUCUAUGUGAUGGCCUAGCCCUGUGUCCCUCCUGGACUUUCCCACUUCCUUAUUCUUAGGAAACUAAAUUUAAAACAGGCUUCUGUUGUGGGGGAAGGAAGGGACUUUACAGAUGAAGUACAUUGGUUUUUUUGUUUUUGUUUUUUUUUUUUUCCUCAGGAAUCAUUUAAACAUUUUUUGGUUUAAGGCCAAACCAGUCAGUGGUUCUGUGUUUAUUAUCCUGAGGGAAUUAGAGUGCUUGUCGUUAAAAAUCUUUCUUGUCUCUUGGAGGGUGGGGACUUGCAAGCUGACUUUUGCACAUUAAUUUCCCAAGGUGGUGGCUUGCUCUCUGUCCAGCUUUUGCAUGCACUGCUUAACCCAGGACCUCGACGGUCUGUGCUCAGAGGAGAGGCAGCAAGGUUAGAGUCAUCCUCCACAGGAGGGAAUCCAGAGCGAGUGGGUAUGUGGGGUGGUGAGAGAUGCAAAGCAGGGAGGCAGGUUUGUAUUGGACUCUGACCCCUAUUUCCCUGCGCCGAACCAUUUGGGGUGAGCGUUGAGGCCCUUUGAUCUUGUCUGAACCAGGCACUGAGGUCUGAGAAGGGAAGGAAUUAAAACCCCCCAAACUGCCUCCAGGGUGGGACUGGGAUCAGAUCUCAAGAACCGGGCACUGGGUUUUUCAGCCAUGAGCUGCUCAGCCGAGUGCUGGCUGCCUCUCCUGGAGCGAGGCAUCCAGUGGAGGGUGGGCAGGCUGGAGUUAGCAGAGGGCUGUCAGCCUUUCCCUGCAGUCCUGUUCAGCUUGACAGCUCUGUGCCGUUUGUUCCCAGGAAUCUUUUCACCUUCAAAUUAAGUGGUGUAAGGGAGGGCUGGAGAGCAGGAGCAGCAGCACGUGGCAUCCCUGAGCCCUGCGCUCUUCUGUUGCUCUGCCUGCCUUGUCUCACCUGCCUUUCCAACUGCUGAGGCUCUUCCCCUUUCCUCCCCACUAACAAGGGUUGUGUGUCCAUGCAUGAGCAGAACAACAUGGGCUUUGGUGGACCUGCAGCAGGUGAGUUUGCUAAAGCAGGGGGGGACAGGGAGGUCCUCUGUCUUUGUCCCUCCAGAGGACUGGGGGUAAUGCAGUGCCCAAAAAGUGCUGCACAGAAAAGAUGAGGUGGUUUUGUGCCUGUGUGGUUGGUAUGAAGGACAACACACUCAAGUCCACUCUUGCUGUUGCUUUCUCUGAUCCCUGUGUCCUGCUGAGGUGCUUGGUGUGCCUCUGUGCUGGGUAAGCAAAGGGGACCUUGCGGCCUCCAGGUGAUGUGUGAGUCGGGGGGGAAGGAGUGUCAGAACGGGUAUCAAUUUUUCUCUGUUUUUUCUCUUUUGGUGUAUCCUUGUGGGAUAGUAGUGUCUUUUCCCCUCCCCAACCACCCCAGGCUGUGUCCCUGUCUCCCUGCUCCUGCCAGCAAUCUCCGUGGCUGCUAUGCCUCUGCACUGUGAAGACACUAGUCCAGGGUCAGCCCUGGUCCUGUUAGUGAACACUGGUGGUUAAGAGGGAAGGUAAGGCUCAUCCUGGCUUCGUUGAACUCAAACUUUGGCGAGAAAGGAAGGAAGUGCCUGGGAGACUGGAUCCUGAAUCCCUCCAUCAUUGUGUUCCCCCCAAAACCCCUCUUAAUAUGGAAACCAAGAGGGAGCUGGAGGUAAGAGGGUGGCCGGGAGGGGCUCAGAUCCAGCAUCGAGAAAGGAGAGGUGUUUCAAAUGCAAUACACUGACAGUUAAGGCUUUGGGGACUAUGCAUAAUGGCUUAAGAAGGGAUCUGAAAUACUCUGAAACUAAGAAUUCAAACCACUGGUUUUUUCCUUGCUGUGAGGAUGAUGAUGCAGUAUCAUCCUGGUGGUGGUCCAGCAGCACUUCCUAGACUAGGGUCCACCUGGUCCCACUAGUUGUGUUGCUCCUGGAGUGGCCCCAAAACACCCUGUUUUGGCAAAAGAAUGUGUGGACUUGCCAAAAAAAAAAAAAAGAAAAGAAAAAGAAAAAGAAAAAAAAGUGGCUGCAAAGCUCCUUUCAACUCUGUAAUAAUUUAUAAACAGCAAGUAACAAUGAUUGUUUUGUAAGGAUAAAUCAAAUGUACAUUCUGAAAUCAUUUUCUCUGUAAAUGGUUGGAUUUCAUUUCACCCUUAAAGGGAUGCUUAAAAGGAGGAGAAUAAUAAAAAUAAAAAAAAAUUUACAAAGGAUGAAAGGAAACCA